ACCAUUGAUCAAAGAGAGAGCCGUGGAGUAUCAUGAGCCUUUCAAAGGUUAGAUCGACCAAUACGGGUAAGAUCGCUGGUGAGCGGAAGCAUGCCAAUAAAGAAUGGGUUUAUGAGUUCUAUAAUGCUGUCAAGGAUCAUAAAGAUUUUGUAGUCACCAUGUAUGGUCAGCCCAUCGACAUCAGUCCCAUGGCCAUUAAUGAGUACUUUGGGUUGACCAUCUUGGAUGAUAAUGGACAAAGACGCUUAAGCUACGCCACGCAUGAAUUUGCCAAAUUUGAUGAGGACUCGCACCAAGAAGAUGUUUUUGGUACUUUGUUCACGUUCAAGCAUCACAAUGCCUCUCUUGAGGGGAAAUGGACAGCAUUGCCAAGAGGUUUGUUUAAUCCGAUUGCUAGAUCAUGGAUGUAUUUUGUAAACUCCUCUCUUAUACCAUCUAAGCAUUCCUCUACGGUGCAAAAGAAAAAAUUCACCUCACCUAUGCCAUCGUGAAAGGAUGGGGGAUAGACAUUGGGAAAGGAUCAUCAAUAAGGAAAUCCUUGCAGUAUUGAGUGCAAAGGAUGGUUUGCCUUUUCCACAACUAAUCACACAACUUUGUCUGAAAAAGGCGGGCAUCCAAGAUGAGGGCAGCCUCACGCCUCUUAAUCCAGACCAAACCAUCAAGCUUGCGUCAUAUUCACCGAAGGGCGAAGCACAAGCAAGGCGAAAGCAACUCGAAAUACAAG